AUGCCCGACCGAACACAGGGACCAGACGCGCCGGAAGCCUUCCGCUGCGAUCUGCUUCACGACGCCCUGCGGCCUCUCUCCGAGGCCGCCCUGGAGCGCCAGAGGUCGCUGGAGCGGGCCGCGGACGAGGCGUCCGCGGAGUGGGAUGCCAGGCUCGCGCAGCUGGACCGGGAUCGGCGUCGUCUGGAGCAGGAUCUGCGGAAGCUGGACGGCGGGCCGGGCCCACGGGCGGGGCCCAGCGCGAGUGCGGAGCUGCAGGACACGGAGCGGCGGCUGCGGGCCGCCGUGCGGCGCUCCGAGGCGGAGGCCGACCAGGAGCGCGCGGGGCUGCUGCGGGAGGGCGCCGAGCUCGAGGGCCAGGAGGAGCACCUGGCUCGCCGCCGCGACGCGGCGCUGACGCGCACGCGGGGGCUCUUCGAGGAGGUUCGCCAGAUGGAGGCUGGCAGCAGGCAGCACGAGGACCGCGCCGAGGCCGAGCUCGAGGCCGAGGCCGCGGAGGCCGGGGCGCGCCUGGCGGCCGUGGAGGCGGAGGUCGCCGGGCUGCGGAGCGAGGCCGCGGAGCUGCGCGAGUCGGCGGCGACCCUGUGGGACGCGGAGGCGCAGCUGACGAGCCUCGGCGAGGGGCUGAGGCACCAGCUGAGGGUCCGGAAUGACAAAGAGGAGGCCCUGACCAGCCCUGUGCCCAGCGUGGCCUGCCCCGACUCGGCGGGCAGCUUCUCGGACGCGUGCGCGGCCAUGCACGCGACGAAGCUACGGCGGUACGCGGCGGUGGUCCCCGAGCUCGCGGACGAGGGGGUCGAGUACCGGCCCCUCAUCUGGAGCUGCUGGGGCCGCCCCCAUGGCGAUGCGAGCGCCGCCAUCCACUCCAUGGCGGCAGCCGCGUCGCGCCGCCGGGGCGUGGCAGCUCUAGAGGUGCUCGCGCGCCGGGCCAAGACGCUGGCUGGCAUCCAGCUCUGGCGCAGGGCGGCUGCCAUGGUGGCCGCGUGCGUGCCGACGGCGCCGGCCGCCGACGCAGCGGAGCUGAUCCCUGCAGCGCGCGAGCGCCGCCUGGGCGAGCUGGGGAUGGCCGGCGCGGCGGGCGCCGAGCAGGAGGAGGACGCGGAUAAAGGCGAACGCGGGCCGGACGUGGAGCUGGCGGCGGCAGAAGCCGGCGUUCGCGCGCUGGACGCGGGGCCACCGGCGGCGGCGAGCGCCGCGGGGGCGGCGGCAGCGGCGGCGGCGGGGACGGCUGCCAGGGAGACGGCGGCUGCAGCUGCCGGGCCGGCCGGCGCCAAGGGCGGUCGCGCGCCAGACGCGGGGCCACCGGCGGCGGCGGGCGCCGCGGAGGCGCGCGGGGCUGGUAGCGGGCAGGAGGAGGACGCGGAGGAAGGCGAACGCGGGCCAGACGUGGAGCUGGCGGCGGCAGAGGCCGGCGCUCGCGCGCUGGACGCGGGGCCACCGGCGGCGGCGAGCGCCGCGGGGGCGGCGGCAGCGGCGGCGGCGGGGACGGCUGCCAGGGAGACGGCGGCUGCAGCUGCCGGGCCGGCCGGCGCCGAGGGCGGUCGCGCGCCAGACGCGGGGCCACCGGCGGCGGCGGGCGCCGCGGAGGCGCGCGGGGCUGGUAGCGGGCAGGCGGCGGCAGCGGCGGCGGCAGCGGCGGCGGCGGGGGCGGCUGCCGGGGGGGCGGCGGCUGCUGCAGGGCCGGCCGGCGGGGCCAGCGCGGGCGGGCCAGCGCCGGCAAGGGGCCCCGCGUGGUUAUUCGCGGCCCUACAGGCCGUCUACGGCCCAGGGCCGCCGGGGUCGAAGAGCACGAAGUGUGUGACUGUUUACGAGUGCGGCGGCAGCCGCGGCGGCAGCCUGUCCGGGUCCCGCCCCGACGCGGCGGGCGCCGAGCAGGAGGAGGACGUGGAGGAAGGCGAACGCGGGCCAGACGUGGAGCUGGCGGCGGCAGAGGCCGGCGCUCGCGCGCUGGACGCGGGGCCACCGGCGGCGGCGAGCGCCGCGGGGGCGGCGGCAGCGGCGGCGGCGGGGACGGUUGCCAGGGAGAUGGCGGCUGCAGCUGCCGGGCCGGCCGGCGCCGAGGGCGGUCGCGCGCCAGACGCGGGGCCACCGGCGGCGGCGGGCGCCGCGGAGGCGCGCGGGGCUGGUAGCGGGCAGGGGGACCUGCCCGACCUGGCUGCAGACCUCGUGGUGCCCAGACGGGGCCCCGCCGUUCUCGGCUCGCGCACGCUGCCUGUGGCGGCGUCUCCACGGCGCCCCGACGUACUCUGCCGGGCGUUCCCUCCCGGUUGUAUUUGGCGGGUCACGGUCUUGACAGCUGUCAUUAUGGCGUUGCUGAAUUUUGUCACGAUCAUGGCGGUACACCAUUUAGUUGAUUGGAAGUGGACACAGAUGCAGGACAAGAUCAGAACAUGGGGGCUGUUCGCUGGCGUCUGCUGGCUGACGUUGAUUUGCACUGGCUUCGCCACGGUCUGCACGCUCAUCGUGCACAUCGUCUCCCCUUCGGCAGGGGGCUCAGGGGCGCCCGAGAACAAGUGCUGGCUGAACGGGACGAAGGAGAUUCGCACUAUGUUCACGGGGCGAAAUCUUUUCGUACGCGCUGUGGCCGUCAUCCUUUCAAAUUCCACCGGCUAUCCGGUGGGUCGCGAAGGCCCGACAGUGACGAUGGGAAGCAACGUUGCCUUCAUCAUCACGCGAUGGGUCUUCGAGACUUUCGGGCCGCUGCGGGCUGGACAGCGUGGUAUACCGCCGCGGAUGAGAACCACCAGCAACUUGAGCAUCGACCUCGAUGGGAACGACGAGGAACGGGACACCACGAGCAGGCACACUCGGUUUUCGUCUCCCUGGAAGAGACGCAACUGGCGCACGCCCAGCGCAUGGCUGGUGCAGUGGGAGGGGCUUGCGCCAUGGCGAUGA